AUGGGGUCAGUGGUGUCAUUCUUCGAACGGCUGCUUGGGACAGAAAAAAAAAAGGGUGAGAACAGAUGCAAAUCAACAUUUUAUGAUGUCUUUUUAUGCAAUGAACUGAGAAAGCUAUUUUUUAUUUCUCCAUCCCUUUUUUCUUCAGAGGAGGAGAGAUACUUACGAGCCAAUGACAGACCGUUUAAUCUGUCUUUCAACUAUGAUGUGAGUCUCAACACAGACCCUUCUGUGUGCACGCAGUUGCAGCAGUAUAACAGGAGCACAAUUUAAGUGUCAUGUUGCACCACAUGGCCUCAUAUUUUUCUUUUAAUGUCCUCUAUGUCAGAACAAUGCGAUCAGGACCUCCAAAUACAACAUCUUCACCUUCCUGCCUCUUAACCUCUUCGAGCAGUUCAGGAGGCUCGCCAAUGCCUACUUCCUCUUCCUCAUGGUCCUCCAGGUGAGCAUCAGUUUACAGAAACGGAGACGACACACAAAUGUCAAAAUAUAUGAAGAGAAAACUGUUGUUUGAUCUCACUGACUAACAAUUAUAACUCAUACCUGUGUGUGUUUGUUCUGUUGACAGCUGAUCCCACAAAUCUCCUCUCUCUCCUGGUUCACCACGGCCGUCCCUCUAAUCCUGGUGUUAUCGAUAACAGCAGUCAAGGAUGCCAGCGAUGACAUAGUGAGCUCAAUAAUGAUAAUAAUAAAUGAUAAUUACAAUCGAUAAAUCAAAAUUGAACAAAACUCAUUCUAUUGUUAUACUCUUAACUGCAUUUGUUUCUCUUUCCUGUGAUCUUUGCAGAACAGACAUAAAAGUGACAAUCAAGUGAAUAACCGAACUGUGAGUGUCCUGAUCAAUGGACAGUAAGUCUAAUUUCAUUUUUCACAUCAAUUAUGCAAAUAAACGAAUUUUUGUUUGGCUCUUUUUUUCAUGUGAUUUCAUUAUUUGAUAUUUUUACUUCCUGACAGACUUAAAGAAGAAAAAUGGAUGAAUGUACAAGUUGGAGACAUAAUUAAACUGGAGAAUAACCAGUUUGUCACAGUAAGUGCUGCGAAUAAAAGGGGCAAAAACAUUUGUGUAUUAUGGCUUUUUAGAUUAUAUUGCUCUUCAACUGAUGUAGGUGCUUUCAGUGAUAAGAAGAGCUGCAGUGAGGUCGAAACAAAGUUCAGACCAAAGAUAACAAAGUUUAUCUAAUCUCAUAAUCUAAGAAACUUUAUGUUGCCUGUAUUGUAUCGCUGUCUGUCUCAGGCUGAUCUUCUGUUGCUGUCGAGCAGUGAGCCUCUAAAUUUGGUCUAUGUGGAAACAGCUGAAUUAGAUGGGUUAGUAUGCAUCAGUGUGUGAUGUACUUGAUGUUUUUUAUUUUAAUUUUUCUAAUGUCCUCCUGAUCUCCUUCUCCUGAUCCCCUUUAGUGAAACCAAUCUGAAAGUAAAACAGGCUCUGACUGUGACUGGAGAGAUGGAAGACAGAAUUGAAGCGCUCGCAGCUUUCAACGGUGAGACACUGAAAGAAACAGGAAUUUACAAAACAUACUCAAGUAGGAAAAGAGUGCUAACUUUACUUUAACGGCUUCAACAUGAACACUGCUAACUUAAAUUAUUCUCCGCUGACCUCUGCCUCUGUUAGGUGAAGUGCGAUGUGAGCCUCCUAACAACCGUCUGGACAAAUUCAAAGGAACCCUGUCUUUAGACGGGCAUCUCCACUCUCUGGACAACGACAAAGUGCUGCUCAGAGGAUGUACCCUGAGGAACACAGAGUGGUGCUUCGGUUUGGUCAUCUUUGGAGGUAAUUUCUUUAAAUCUCACUUCAAUCUUUUUCAUUUUUUAUAACUACUUAAAGUGUUUCUCAGAGGUCAUUAAAUUGUGAUUAUGAAGUUUUUAGCCAAAGUCAUCUUACCUGUGUCAUUUUCAAGAGCUUUUCUUCUGCAGAGCUCCAGUCGCUCAUUGGUAAUUCGUGGGCGGAGACUUUGCUCACUUCUCUUCAUGUUAGCUUGCAGCCUAACAUUACCGGUGUAGUAGAAGAACCGGGAAACAUAGGAGUUAUUCAGCUCUCAGACGCUAAUGUCUUUAGGGACAUGAUGAAUGUUGAUAUCAUAAUUAGCUUUCUUAGGAGCAUUGCAAUCCACUAAUGCAACCAUUAUUAUCCACUCGUCUUUGUUGUCCACCACUUCUCCGAGUCUGGCCUGCAUAGUGGGGCUUGGAGUUUGAAGUUUGGAUUUGCUACAUAGGAAAUUUCCUUGUAUCUGAACCUGCCGUUUGGGUCUGCCAGAGAUUCACAGAUUCACUUGAAUGUGGAAAUACUUAGAAAUAAAUUUAGCACUUACUUUUCUCACAAUAUGUCCUGUAGCAUCAGAAAAAUGACAUGAACAUGUAGACAACAAGAAAACAUGAUUUUCAUCAGAGAGGGUCUUUAACAUCUGAAGCACUAUUUGAGGCUCCUGGUGAACAUACCCUCAGAAAAGCUUGAAAGGACUCAGACAGUUUUUCACUGGAACUUCGCUGCGGUGUCAGCGCACCAAUCUUUCCUCGUCCCUUUGUUUCUCAGUCUCGAUCAGAGCAAAAGAAUAAGACCAACUGUGAACACGACAUCAACGGUCUCACUGAACAGGAACUGGACCACAGCAGGAAUUACUUGUGUUUGCAAAUAACCCCAUCAUAAACUGUAGAAGUGAAAGUUUCAGAAGGGCACUUCCAAGAUAUGUGUAGGGCCUACAGACGCUGCCCCAAUCAUAGUCCACGUCCGGCUUUGAUUUAUGGUCCAGCUGUAUUUUUUUUGAUACGACUGUGAUAAAAUGAUUUGCCAGUCCAAAGUUAAGGAAACAUCAAAGAGUGUCCAAUUUUAUCUCCAAAACUGACCCCACUGAUUCUGGUAGACACACUCUUAAUAAUAAUAUUAUUAUUAUUAUUAUUAUUAUUAUUAUUAUUAUCAUGGCUGUGUAUCUGACCAAAGAUGGAUCUUUUCCAGGUCCUGACACCAAGCUGAUGCAGAACAGUGGCAAGACCAUUUUCAAGCGGACGAGUGUUGAUCACUUGAUGAAUGUCCUGGUGUUGUGUGUGAGUUUGAUUUUCAUGCAGACACAAAUACACAUCAGCUGUCAAGCAUCAACACGUUACUCAAGUAUCUCACAAUAUUUGUAACCUCUUUGAUUUCUCAGAUAUUUGGUUUCCUGGCGUGCAUGUGCAGCGCCAUGGCCAUUGGCAAUGCAAUCUGGGAGGUGCGGGAGGGCUCAGUGUUCACAGUCUUCCUUCCCCGUGAAACAGGGAUUGACGCCAGCCUCUCCUCCUUCCUCACCUUCUGGUCCUACGUAAUCGUCCUCAACACGGUGGUGCCGAUUUCCCUCUAUGUGAGGUAUGUUCAAGCUCGGACAACUGACUGUGAAGUUUGGAGUCGGUUUACUUUUGCUAUUAUUAUUAUUAUUAUUAUUAUUAUUUUGUCUCUGAAAAUCAGUGUCGAGAUCAUCCGGCUGGGCAACAGCUUCUACAUCGACUGGGACAGGAAGAUGUAUCACACUAAGAGUGACACUCCUGCCCAGGCCAGGACCACCACACUCAAUGAAGAGCUGGGUCAGAUCAAAUACAUCUUCAGUGAUAAGACCGGCACCCUGACACAGAAUAUCAUGACUUUUAACAAGUGCUCUAUCAAUGGAAAAGUUUAUGGUGAGCAGCCGGGCUGAUAUUGAUGUUAAAAAGUGUUAUGGAAACACAGUCACAGACUUUACACUGUUUUUUAUUGUUUCUCAGGGGAGCUGUUUGACUUUUCUGGACAGAGGGUGGAAAUAACAGAGGUGAGAGAAGCUAACACAUACUUAAAGUCAACCUAAGGUAUUUUCUGUAACGUCUAUUUCCCCCUAUUUCUCUUUUCUGCAGAAAACACAGACAGUGGACUUCAUGCAGAACCCGCUGGCUGAUCCAAAGUUCAUCUUUCACGACCAAAGUCUGUUAGAUACAGUGAAAGAGGGAGACCCAGAGGCUCAGAGCUUCUUCCGCUUACUGGCUCUUUGCCAUACAGUCAUGCCAGAGGAGAAGGAAGAGGGUGCGUGUCCUCUGACGGACAUCUUCUUAUUACCUGAUAAGUUUCAAACUGAAGGCCUACCUGAUUUAUGUUUUGAGUUUGUUUGGAAUCCUAUUUAGUCCAGGUUUACUGAUUCAUUGACUUUUAUAUCCUAAUUUCUUUUAACUGCUCUAAACUCCAUAUUUACAGAUCAACCCACAUGUCAUUUAUUUCCUUUCCUCUCCCUUCUUCCGUCUUUUUUCCCUGUGACAGGAAAACUGUUCUACCAGGCUCAGUCUCCUGAUGAGGGAGCUUUGGUAACCGCAGCGAGGAACUUUGGGUUUGUGUUCCGCUCGCGCACACCGGAGACCAUUACAAUCUGGGAGAUGGGCAGAAAAGUGACCUACGAGCUUCUGGCUGUUCUUGACUUCAAUAAUGUCCGCAAGAGAAUGUCAGUAAUAGGUAAAGCGCUGGCAUUUUUCCUUUUUCUUUUACUUGAGUAUGUAGCAUGUAAACAAGGUGAGUAUAUAAUUCUGAUCUGUCCUAGUGUUGCUCCACAUGUUGAAUUCUCAAACUUAUUCAUAAAAUCCUGUGUUUUUCAAAUGUAAAGAAUGAACAUUAAAAAGAUUCAGACUGCUGACCUCGUCUCACUAAAUAACAUCCACUAUGAUCUCCAGUGCGAAGCCCUGAAGGGAAGUUGACUCUGUUCUGCAAAGGAGCAGACACCAUCAUCUUUGAGAGACUUCACCCCUCCUGUAAUAAACUAAAGCAAAUAACUACUGGACAUCUCUGUGUGAGUCCUGGUUUCGGAUCCCUCUGAUGUUUGUGUUCAGAUUAACUCAGUGUACUCUCAGAGAACUGAUCUUUAACUGCUUUACUCUGCCAAACUAAAACAGGAGUACGCUGGUGAAGGCCUCCGUACGUUGGCUCUGGCGUACAAGAACUUGGAUGAGGACUACAUGGAUGAUUGGAAGCAGCGCCACCAUGAGGCCAGCACUGCCAUGGACGGCCGGGAGGAGAGACUUGAUGAGCUUUAUGAAGAGAUAGAGAAAGACCUGCUGGUUAGACGACCAACUUAAUACUUAAAUAUUUAAGUACAAAUGCAACACACUGUACUGUUUACCAUUUUCAGAUAUUAAUGCUGAGAAAACUUGAAAAAUGAAACCCUCUGAGACUAACCAACAGGUUUAUCAGGCAGGUUCAAGAACCAGCCUGUGUAACUUUUGUAAAGAAGUGUAUUACCUUCACCAAAAAGAAAAAAAAAUCAGUUUUUAUGAGUAAUUUUUUGCUGUUAUUGUUUUUCAGACGAAUUCUUUUUCCUAUUCUCUGGGCUCAUGAUCAUUUAAAAACAUCCCCCUCUGCUUGAUUUAUAGGAAACAAACUUGGCCCACUUGUUUAGUUUUAUCAAGUUUUACUUUCUUCUGGGUUUGAGACUCUGGGAGAUCCUCCUCUCUAAGUCAGAUAAAUGGAAUCAUCAGAAGUUUGUCUACUUUGCGCAGACACCUCAGGAUUUGCAUUCCCUAAGUUUAACUAAUAACAAGCUUUACUCUCAUUGACCCCGUAGUCAGUUAUAUUGGAGCUGGAGAAUCCACUGAUUUGGAGCAGCCAUGGUGGUUAAUGUUAUCUGACUGUAUGAGAUUCUCACAGGAUUUUGAAGUAUCUCGCUUAGUUAGGGGUGAAAAAAAUCCUCUGAAAAACAGAAAGAGGGGAAAAAAUAUUAGUACAAAAAAAACAGAAAAAAAAUUGUCAGAAAAACCGCAAAGAAAAAAAAUUACCUAAAAAAAAACAGAUUCCCUUUUUUUGUAAGUGAAUGCAAUACGCUUACGUACUUUUGCUCUGAACAUUCCUAUUAAAAUAUUUGCUGAAACUUAAUUAGAAAGAAGUUGAAGCUUUCAUCACUCUGUACCUUACAUGUUUUAGCUUUUGGGAGCCACAGCUGUCGAGGAUAAGUUACAGGAUGGAGUACCACAGACUAUAGAACAACUUGCUAAAGCUGACAUCAAAAUCUGGGUGUUGACUGGAGAUAAACAGGGUGAGCAUCACGUAUUGUAUAUUUAUUCCUGUUUAUAUUUCAUAUUUUAAGUGUUAAAGUGAAAUAAUGCAGUAACAUUAGCUUAAACAGUAACAUUAGCUUAAGCGUGAGUUUGACAAUGUUCUUCUAUCAAAGUAAAUGUGGAUGUUUUUUUUUACAGAGACUGCAGAGAAUAUCGGCUACGCCUGCAACAUGCUGAGGGAAGAGAUGAAGGAUAUUUUUGUUGUCGCAGCAAAUACACCUGAAGGAGUAAAAGAGGAGCUGCUGUAAGUCAGGCAGAGAUAAUGGCGACGUAUGACACAUCCAGUGAUAGUUACCAUGCAACAUAAUCAGACUUUAAAUAACUGGUGCUGAAGUUAUAAAACUGUAUGUGACACAGUUUGUAAGCCUCCACACUUAAUUGCAAAAAUAUUUUACCUACAUAAUAUGUUAAAUAUGCACAGAAUGGUUGAACAUGCAGCAAAGAUAUAUUCAGAGUUUGGUAGAAGACAUCCGUUGUCUUGGGGAGUCAUGCUAACUUAGAUCUGUGCACAGUUUGAUGGAUAGAUAUACAUGCUAAUGAUUACAGCUAAUAUAGUCGAGUGAAUAAUCCUUCUGUUGCUCUGUUUUAGAAAUGCAAGAAGAAAAAUGUGCCCAGAUGCUGCUGAUGAACCCGAAGUGAUCAAGUCUCGCGCAGGUCUAUUCUGGCUGAAGAAGACUGAGUUUGUGCAGGACGAGAAGGUGGACGGAGAAUAUGGACUAAUCAUAAAUGGACACAGUCUGGUAAGGCUUGGUCAUUACAUUAUUCCAUUAUUAACCAAACCACUCUGAACAUCAGAACCCUCCUUUUUGGUGUCUUGAUAUUCUUGGAUGUCUAGCUCUAGAUUGAGGCCUCAAACACAUUUCCAGUACAGUCCUGCAGUCUCCUCUUUACCUUCCUUUUUCAGGCCUUUGCCCUCGACAAGAACUUGCAACUGGAGCUGCUGAGGACGGCAUGCAUGUGUCAGACGGUGAUUUGCUGCAGGGUCACUCCUCUUCAAAAGGCACAGGUGGUUCAGCUGGUCAAGAAAUACAAGCAAGCUGUCACUUUGGCUAUAGGAGAUGGAGCCAACGAUGUUAGCAUGAUCAAGGGUAGGCUCGUACAACAUGGACACAACACGCCAUUCAAUUGUGUUUGCAAUAAAACCAAUCAGUAGGAAUGUAGUCUUUAUUCUGUCUGUCUGUCUGUCUCCCAGCUGCUCAUAUUGGUGUGGGGAUCAGUGGCCAGGAGGGCAUGCAAGCAGUUCUCUCAAGUGACUUCUCAUUCGCCCAGUUUCGUUACCUACAGCGUCUCCUGCUUGUGCACGGUCGCUGGUCCUACUUACGAAUGUGCAAGUUCCUACGAUACUUCUUCUACAAGAACUUCACUUUCACCUUUGUACAUUUCUGGUACGCCUUCUUCUGUGGCUUCUCCGCACAGGUGAGGACCAAACCGAAUACUUAUAAUACCAACAAUAAAACAAAACUAGAAUCCUCUGAGACUUUUUACCACUUCAAUGAAAAUGUUUGUCCAACAUCUCAGGUUAUGUAAUCCCUCCAGAUGAUGAGAAUUAGAAGUUGAUGAAAAUAAAAGUAGGACAGAUAGUAUGUUGACAGUUUAAAGGAUCUUUCCUCCAACAAAAGAGGAACACGAGUUCAGAAAAGGUUGUUUACUCUGCUUGUAUGUGUAUGUGUCUCUCAUGCUUUUGUUUACAGACUGUAUAUGACGAAUGGUUCAUCACCUUGUACAACCUGGUUUACACGGCGCUUCCUGUCCUUGGCAUGAGCCUCUUUGACCAGGUAUGUAUUCAAGUAAAGUCAUUUUCUUAAACACACACAUAAAUACACACUCAUCUCAUCUGUCUCCGAUCAUAAUCUUCCGCCUCUGUAGGAUGUAAACGACCGCUGGAGCUUCCAGUAUCCUCAGCUCUACACUCCCGGCCAGUUGAACCAGUACUUCAGUAAGAACAUCUUUGUGCGCUGUAUGAUGCACAGCUGCUACAGCUCCCUCAUCCUGUUCUUCAUCCCAUGGGCGGCUAUGCAGGACACGGUCCGAGACGAUGGCAAGGACAUUGCUGACUAUCAGUCCUUUGCUUUACUGGCACAGACCUGUCUGCUGGUUGUGGUUUACAUUCAGGUAAGAGUCUUGUUUUCUGCAGGACUUAGUCAAAGACACUAAUUCGAUAGUUCAAUCUGUAAAGCUGUCAACUUUCUUGCUUCAUUAUGAAUAAAUGUGUUUUUUCCCUCAAUAUGAAAUCUUCAGCUGUGCCUGGACACCCAUUAUUGGACAGCAGUGAAUCAGUUCUUCGUAUGGGGCAGUCUGGCAGCUUACUUUGCUGUUUCAUUCACCAUGUACAGCAACGGCAUGUUCCUCAUCUUCAGCUCCUCUUUCCCCUUCAUUGGUGAGUAUUUAAAUCUCAUUUCUAGAGGCAAAACUUUGAGAUUCCAGUCUCCUGAAAUGGUCAUGUGUGUCUGUAACAGGAUUAAUUUAAGGUUUGAGUUGAAUUUAAACCUCCUGUGUAGAGUAUUUUCUAUCCCUGAUACACUAUUGUAGGUUGUUAUGAUAUUAAAUUCAUUUAAUUACCUUUUUUUUUUGCUUUUUGUAACUUCAGGUACAGCUAGAAACUCUCUGAACCAGCCUAAUGUGUGGCUGACCAUCCUGCUGACUUCCCUCCUUUGCAUUCUGCCUGUUGUGACUUACCGUUUUAUUCUUAUUCAGCUUCAACCCACCAUCAAUGACAAGGUGAGAUAAGACACAACACAGGACCAGUGUUUACAUUUUCUAUGACUCAAGCUGAUGAAAUAAAAAGCAGUUUAGUGUGAGCUUGAAACUCUUUACGCCCUCCUCCACUUUCAGGUUUACUUUUUUUAAAUGUUGGAUUUAUUACAGAUACAGAAACAAAACCCCAAAAGCUGAUUUAAAGGUGUUUGGUUCUUGGUUCUCUUCUAGGUGAGAUAUAAGGUGCGGGAGGAGACACUCCCAGCUCCCGCGCCCCGCCGCCCGCCUCGCAGGCGUAUCAGUACCCGCCGGUCUGGCUACGCCUUCUCACACGCCCAGGGCUAUGGUGACCUGGUGACAUCUGGAAAAUUUCUGCUGAGACUAAACCUGAAAACUCGACCGGCCCUGUUCUCCCAAACAGACUCCCCUCUGGCUGAGAGCCAACCACAGCACUACCGCACCAUACCAGAGGAAAGGGAGGAGGGGAAGAGUCCCACACAGGAGGAGGCGUCCGUGGAGUGAACACUGCGUCAGGCUGGGAGGCAACAUGACAGAUUUGAUCGCAGAGUCUAGAUCCCACUAAGAAGAGGAUGUGCAGGGUUAAGUUAGUUUUGAUUGUAAAGGAAAGGGUCACUACUAUGUGAAAACGUUGAAGGGACCACACUGCUCCUUUUUUUAUUCAGCUUUUAACUUGAAAGCUGGCAUACAACCUUCAUGUACUGUAUCUAACACAACACAAACCGCACAAAAUCACAACAUUACUCUUGAGAAAAAUUCACGUCUUUUAAGAACGGUGAGAUUUGGGAAAGUAAGCAGAAUGACUCAAAGUGUGGUCUCAUUUUAAACACUGUAAUUAUUCGCCUCCUAAGCAUGGCCAGAAAUACUAAAUGGGGUUUGAGGUGCUCAUUCAUGUUGGAUUUACUGUUUUUUACAUUCCUUAUUCUUUGUUUUUUGUGAACUAUUAAUAUUUCAGGAUAAGUUAAAAUGUGAAGGAUGCCAAAAGCUGGGAAUAAGAUGAUGUUCUGUGUGGAAACGAUUCAUUUUAUUUGCAUUAAGCGAUAAUAAAUACUCAGGAUGUUGUUUCAAGGAAGAGAAACCAAGUGAUUUCAAUUUCAUGAAGAAUCAACAGUGAACCUAUUCCCGCUCUUCUGUUUACAUAUUCUUGCAUUCAAGUUUUUUGUAAUAUUGUUUUAUUUUUGUUCGACUCUGUGACGUUAAUCCUCCUUGUUAAUUCAUAAACGCUCACAGUCACAGUAAGUCAGAGUUUCCUCUGUACAGCCAGGGGUCAGUGUUGUCUCUGUAAACAGGUUUAAUGUGCCAUCAGACAAAAAUGAGUCACUGAUUCCUUUUUGUCAAAAUGUUCUGACUUUGUUGAAUUAAUUUUAGGUUUCUUGUUUUGAUUGUCAAAAUCUCUCAAGUGCCAACAUGUAAUUUUUUUUUAAAUAAAACAGUCUGAUUUACUUGUGCAGCCAUUUCUCUUCUUAUAGUUCUAGACAAGACUUUGCAUCAGAAUUUGAAGGACAAAAAUGUCUGAUUAUGUAAAUAUUUUAUAUCCUGACCUCUUUCAGGGAAGCUUUAACUCAAAGCGCUCCCAGAUUUUUCUGCAUUAUGUAUGCAGCGGUGUGCAGUUUUAAUCUCACGCCGCCUGUCCUCCUCUUCUCACAAGCUUUCUUCACCCACAUUUCACAUACAGGCAAACUGCACCGUUAUAUCUGCACACCCACACACGUAAUGCAUUCAGCUCAGAACUGCAGUGUCCUCAGGGACACCUACAGAUGACAUCAGAGGCUGAGGGCUGUCCCUCUGAUCCAGAUAUUGGAGGAGAUAAGAAUGUGUUUGCUGAAAUGUGCACGCUGAGACAUGGUGCAACAGUCCUGUGAAGGCAGAUCAGGUAGAGUGCAACAUAGGGACAUGAUAAAGAACAGAAAAAAGAAGAGGGGAAAUAAAAAAUACAUGAUUUAAUUUAGAUGUAAGGUCUUUUGGAGACACUCCUUUGCUUAUCCGAUCUCUUGGGUUGCAGAUGGACUGAUAUACAUUUCUAUUUAGACAGAUUCACCUGAGUGCCAGAUGGAUUCAACCUAAGGUGUUGGAAAUAAAACUGCUCCUUUUAACUCCCACUUAUUACUCCUCCUCCUUUGGCCGUGCAGUGCUGUCAGCAGGCUCCACAGUCUCCAGUGAAGGUCACUGAAUGAUCCCACUCUGUGGAACAGGAAUGAGGACUGGUAUGUUUUAUAAAUAGCCUGCCUGUGUGGCACACCCAAAACCACAACCAUCUAUUUCUUUCCUCUCUAAACAACCUCUGAUCAUAUUUCUGAUUAACUAGGGAUGAAGCAGCGUUUAAUAUGUUUUAAUACCAACCAUAGUCUUACUUUAAACUUACAAAAAUAAAGGACACUGAAGCCAGCAAGGGCUCUGACAAAUACUGAGCAUCUCUAAUCCUUUGUGCUAUUAAUAGACGCUGGCAUUUUUACACAAGGUAAAAAAGCAGCUCGGUUCGACACAGGAGCUGGGAUGAAUCAGAGACAGAGAAAGGGAAAAAGUACGAGCCAGAGCAGAGCGAGCGUUUAGACACUUUGAUAUUGUCAUGCAAUCCCCCUGGGGCAAAGUUCAAACUGAAAGUUGUACUGUGCUCCGUCUGGUGGUCUUCAGAAAGAGGAGACUGCUGACUUAACUUAAAGAGAAUUUCACACUUGCUGAUCCAACAUGGAUUGAGUCACUCUGUGUUUCAGUCUCCUGGGCAACAAGCUCCUUCUCUGCGGAGACAGAGCUCUGAAAACCCUUGAGAUGAAACAUUAUUGCUGUUUGCACGCUGAGAAAUGAAUAUUUCUGUCUUAGAAUCUCAGAGAUCACGGUAACUCCAGCAGCUGUUCUCGAUAGGGCAAAGCUCAUGAGGAUCUUAACACAUAAACAAGUGAUCCUGUGAGAGUCAUUUAAUGCCGACCCUCUGACUUUUCAUUCAGUCAAACGGUCCAUGAGAUGUCUUCACUCAGCCACACUGAGAUAGAAAACAGUUGAGUGAUUAGCAAUAAUCACUCAAAUAAUACACACUUUUUUCCUGUCCCUUUUUGUAACUUAGAAAUUCUCAAAUGUUUAAGACAUAUGACUGUACAGGGACAUUAAAGGUGCAGUAUGUAGUUUUUAGCAGCAUAAAGCAAAACAGACUUGAUCAGAAAAAAAGUAGUAAUAGUAGUAGAAGAAGAAGAAGAAGAAGAAGAAGAAGAAGAAGAGAGGUUAAUAUGCUCCAAAAUCAUUUGUACAGAUCGUCAUUUUUUGAUGGUAAAAAUAUAAAAACAAAUAGAGGAUCAUACCGAUCAUGUUUCACAGGGGCUUCUUGUCCUUUAAGGCCACCGUCACUUCACAGUAGGCAGGGUGAGCAGGGUGGGCGGGGUGAGCAGGGUGGCGGGCUAAUCUAGAAUCUGACUGCUAGCUAAAUAUUUACAUGUGAUGAUGAAGAUUAAAUUGUUUAUGUUUGUAUAUCUCACAACUCAAGUGAAUGUGCAAAACAAACAGCAUCUAAAGGAGGUACAGAGGGUUCAAGAAGACUCUGAUCUGGACCUCCUUACAAACCAGAUGAAAGUCCACAUGGUGCUUCAUUAUGGAACCAGUUAAACGCUCAUAGUAUUGAAUCUUUGAUAUCUAGAUUUAGGUUUACUUCUCUCACAUUCGACCCAGACAUGUGAGGAGCCUGCAGACUGAUGUUUCCGGAUUAGAGCAGUGACUCAGUGUUAAGACUUUUGCCUUAGCAGAGAUCAAACACGGGUCCAACAGAGGCUUAACUGUUUAGAUGUUUGACAAACGCUGCGUGCGUUUGUCUGGAUGUCAAUAUGAGAUAGUGAGACACACAGUGAGAUGGCGAGAGUUAUCUAUAGGUAGAGAGAGAGAGUAUGUGGUGUCAGCUGGAAGCCUUGUAUCUAAAUAAAGGUUUACCUUCAACCUUAGAAAAUGACCACCUCUGGCUGCCACAUUAGCACCGGUGAGAAGUAUGGGAUUUAUUUACUAAACACAAAACAAACAUGGCCAAGGCUAUUACAUUAAUUAUAUUCUAGUAACCCUGGUAACCAGUGCGUUUUCUGUCUGGUGUUUUGUUCGACAUUGUGUCUUUAGUUUUAUGUGAUCUAAUGGACGGCCUAUCAAAUCAAUAAAAACCAGACACACAAAUAAAACUUUUCCCUAACAUCUGAUUCAGUAAAAACAUGGCCUUGAGAUAACGUCAUCUGCUGUUAUUUUUGGCUCUCUGCAGUUGGGCAAACAGUUCCUUGAACUCUUAUUUUGAAAUCUAAAAGAACAGAAAUCUGGGACUCGUAGUUGUCCAGAGUCCUAUGACCCCAAUUUAGAGAGAGUCCCAGAGGCCUUGUUCGGGAAGAGGCUUUUAUGUGUCAGUGACCCAGGAUUGGCUGUCGUAAGUUAUGGUCACUUUGAGAGGGGUCUUCCAAAUGUGGAAAGACAGCAGGAGUCAAAUGUCAUGUAGGGAGCAUGCUUGGCGUCUGUUAUCUGAAUAACUGCAGCAAAGUCUGUGUUUCAUUCUUGGCUCACAGCUUCAUUUGUUUUAUUGUGUGUUUUUCUUACUUCCUCAUUACAAUUACUGUUUAUCCUCACUAAAUAUGUUAUAUUUUGUGAGUAACUAGCAUGGGAGUAUUAAGCUUAAAUUCCAUUUUUGCUAGUCUACCAAUGAACCAUUUGUUAGCAUCUCAUUAAAUAUCAAUCCUGCAUAAUCUGAUAACUUAAUGCAUUGCAGAUGAAUCAUGUGAGCACGUUUUGCAUGAGUACAUGUCAGUGUAAACAAUAUAUUAACACAAGCACCUGGACCAGUGCAGCUUCAGUCACUGCAGUCACCUUCAGUGUGUCGCUGAGUGGAACUGAGUAACUGGCAUCAGUGCGCGCAUGCUGACCACACUUUCUCUGCGUGAACCUCCUUUGAGCCAGCUGGACUAAAAACAAGGUCAUGAUUCUAGAUUUUGGAUCAAAACACAGUCACUGAAACAAAAAGGAUCUAGGUCAGGUAUUGCUUCAAAAAGACCUCAAGUUUGUCCGUGCUCUGAGAUUGUUGCAA